AUGUCGGAAAAUCAUUCCACUCCACAUCGUGAUGAUGAUAAAACCCAAACGGAAAAUCUUCAUCAUCAUCAUGAUGACCAUUGCAUUACGUGUGAGUCUCAUCAUUCUAUCCUCUGGCCAACUCAUCAUACCAUCUCUGAAUUACUCACCAAACUCAACAACAAGGAAAACAAUGAUCAGAUUCUUGACAUGAAACAACCACAAGAACAACACGACACGAAUCAUCAUCAAAUAGGCUCUCCCAAUAGUGGUGAUGAAUCUUUUGAACAACUCGCCUCUCCAACAACCAUGGCAGCCCAUCAACUACUCUCCAAGAAGAAUACCAAACGCGGAAUUGGUCUUUGGAAAAAGACUCCAACCCCCUCAUCAUCAUCACAGCCUCCAUUGGUUCAGAAUGUAGUUCAAGUACUCUCAAAAGCUCAACACAACCACACAAGCAACGAUGAAGCCGAAGAUGUGAAUGUGGACAGUUCGGGCUCUUCCUCACCCGAAGAUGAGGUUCUUCCUCACAAUUAUCAUCCCUUUGGCACUCCGGAGCCUCUCAUUUCAACGACACCUAAGGAUCACAACACAUCGUCCUUGACAAAAUCCUUUUCAUUUCACUCCAAGCAAACACCGGGCGAAAAACCACAAGUGGUCUUUGUUCCUCACACAAAAGAGAAUUCACAACAUUGUUUUCAUACGAGUGUGGAUGAGGAGAUGGAGUCCUUCGCUGUUUAUGAUCAGUUGUUAAGUAAUAAUAUUGAAUAUGUGAGAGAGAAGACCAAAAUGGAUCCUGAAUAUUUCAAGAAACAUAAGGCAAGCCAAAGUCCAACUUUUUUACUUAUUGGCUGUUCGGAUAGUAGAGUUUCAUGUGAGAAUAUUGUGAAGCUUGAUCCUGGUAAAAUGUUUAUUCACAGAAAUGUGGCUAACUUGGUUGUAAAUACCGAUUUGAAUCUAAUGUCAGUGUUGCAGUAUGCUGUUGAGGUUCUAAAUAUUAAGCACGUAAUUGUCAUGGGACAUACAAGAUGUGGAGGAGUGAAGGCUGCAUUGGAAAACACAUCACACGGAUUGAUUGACAAAUGGUUGAGAAAUAUUAAGGACGUCUAUCGGUUGCAUAAACAAGAAAUUGAUGCCAUUCAAGACGAAGAUAAAAGAUGGCAAAGAAUGAUCGAGUUGAAUGUGAUUGAACAGACCUUAAAUAUUUGUAAAACUUCCAUUAUUCAAAAAGCAUGGGCAAUGGGCAAACCAAUUCACGUGCACGGAUGGGUAUAUGAUAUUAGCACGGGGUUAAUUCAAGAUUUGGAAAUUGAGGAAAACUUAUGGGCACCCAUCGAGAGUAUUUAUCGCAUCGAGUUCCCAAAUCUUCAACAUUCAGAUGAAUAA